ACUUAAAAAAGCUAUCAAAUUUUUUGAAAUUUUCGGGUUAACACAAUAGAGCACUAUCAGCAAUACAUUUGGGGAUUUAUUCAAAAUUACAACAUUUAGGGCUGGUAGAGAGGUGAACGGUGGCUGUAGGUGAACGGCAGUGACGGUGGUCAACGGUGUCGACGGCAGGUGGGUUCUCGGCUUCAGCAGUCUCGCCGGCGGCGUGCUUCUUGGCGUGGGGUGCUGGUUGCUCACGGUUCCGUCUCUCGGCGUGCUUCGGUGAUUUCCAGAUUAUCCUCUCUCAGGAGAAAAAUAUACGGAAACUUAACGAGCUUGUACAAAGUCUACGGGAACAAUUGCUUCAGUGCAGGGGUGGAAAUGAGGUUGACAAUGGCACCACAGCUCCCCUGACAGAACUUCUAACUGAGCUUGAGAGGCAGCCUGUCCUGGAGGACUAGUCCUGGCUUGUACGUGUUAGUUGUCAACUUACCUAAACUUAACUACUCUUCAAUUGUCUCUCUUCAUCCAGAAAUAAUUGAUGGAAGACCAGGGACUUUGGUGAUAGAAUCAUUUAUGGUAGAUGUUCCUGAAGGUAACACGGAAGAUGAAACUUGCUACUUUGUUGAAGCCUUGAUUAAGUGCAAUCUCAAAUCACUUGCUGAUGUCUCAGAGCAGUGUGCAGUCCAAAGUAAUAGCUAUUGAUACAAGUGUGACUUGUAAAAGAAUAUACAAGUUAAUAUUUUGAUUGGUUUUAAAGCAUUGGAUUGGUAGCUAAUUGCAAGAGGCGCAAUAUGGACAAAGAAUGGAUGUCAGCUGAUAGGAUGUCAGUAGAAUAUAUAAAAGGGGUCGAUGAGUUUCUUAAAUUUAGUUUGGAUCAUGCCAAAGAUCCAAACUAUAUUUGUUGUCCUUGUAGUAAGUGUGGAAAUAUGAAAAAGAUGACUGCCACAAUAAUAAAAGAGCACUUAUAUUUCCACGGGAUAGACAAAAGUUAUAAAAUAUGGUAUUGGCAUGGUGAAGAGCUUCAUGUUACUCCGGACCCUCCUAUGAUGAAUGAAUAUCGGAAUUAUAGGCAAUUGGAUCGUGAGGAUAAUUUAGAUGAAAUGAUUGACGAUGCAUAUUAUGAAUCAGAAGUAGAUCCCGUUAAGUUUGAAAAUCUUCUUAAUGACGCUGAAAAGCCGAUUUACUCUGGUUGCACUAAAUUUUCAAAGUUGUCAGCCCUUCUUAGAUUGUACAAUAUAAAAGCCAAAAAUGGAUGGAGUGAUAAGAGUUUCACGGAAUUGUUAGUUUUUUUGAAAGAUUUACUGCCUGAAGAAAACGAGGUGCCCGUAUCAUUUUACGAGGCUAAGAAAACUAUGUGCUCAAUAGGCUUGCAAUAUGAAAAAAUACAUGCUUGUCCUAAUGAUUGCAUAUUAUAUCGGAAUAGCCUUGUAGAUGCGAAUUCGUGUCCUACUUGUGGUGUGUCCAGAUGGCAAAAGAAAAGGAAUUUAGAGGAAGUUAAGGAAGGAGUACCAGCAAAAGUUUUGUGGUAUAUUCCUCCAAUUCCUCGUUUGAUUCGAUUUUAUCGAAAUGUUGAUCAUGCUAAGAAUUUGACUUGGCAUGCGAAUGAGAGAAUAAAGGACGGUAGACUUAGACAUCCUGCUGACUCACCAGCGUGGAAGACAGUGGAUUUUGAAUGGCCUUCAUUUGCCAAUGAACCUAGAAAUAUUCGUCUAGCUCUUUCUACGGAUGGAAUUAAUCCUCAUACUUCUCUCAGUAGUAAGUAUAGUUGUUGGCCUGUUAUGCUAGUCAUAUAUAAUUUACCGCCAUGGCUUUGUAUGAAAAGGAAGUUUACCUUACUGACCUUGCUGAUAUCUGGACCUAAACAACCUGGUAACGAUAUUGACGUCUACUUAGCUCCCCUAAUUGAUGACUUGAAAACUUUAUGGAAUGAAGGAGUUAGGGCUUAUGAUGCAUACCGAAAAGAAGAAUUUACCCUUCGAGCGGUGUUGUUAUGGACAAUCAACGACUUCCCCGCUUAUGGAAAUUUAUCUGGUUACAGUGUAAAAGGAUACAAAGCUUGUCCUAUUUGUGAGGAGAAGACUUUCUCUCAAUAUUUGAAACAUUCUCGCAAGGUGUGCUAUAUGGGACAUAGAAAAUUCUUGCCCCGGAGACAUUAUUUUAGAACUUGGAAAAAUGCAUUCAAUGGUGAACAAGAGUUUGGUUUGGCUCCAGUUCCUUUGACUGGGAAUCAAGUACUUAAUAAGGUAUCUGUAAUUCAUUUUAAGGUAGGAAAACCUAUUGUUUGUCCAAUUAAGAAGAAGAAGGGUCGUGGAAAGAGUGUUGGCAAGGAUAAGACUGAAGUUAGUUUGACUAGUGCGGAUGAGUCUACAAGUCCUUGGAAGAAAAAAUCAAUUUUCUUUGAGCUUGAAUAUUGGGAAAAGUUACUUUUGCGACAUAAUUUAGAUGUCAUGCACAUUGAGAAAAAUGUGUGUGAUAGUCUAAUAGGAACUUUGUUAAAUAUUCCAAGUAAAAGUAAGGACGGUAUUAAAGCUCGGAAAGACUUGGCUGCAUUGGGCUUGCGAAAAAACCUACAUCCAAAAGCUGGCCCUAAUAGAACAUUUUUACCGGCAGCUUGUUACACACUCACUAAGGAUGAGAAAAAAGAACUUUGCAAUUGUCUAUACAAUAUUAAAGUUCCAGAAGGGUAUUCUUCAAACAUAAGAACGUUGGUGGAUAUGAAGAAUUUGAAUUUGGUCGGCAUGAAAUCUCAUGAUUGUCAUGUCCUAUUCCAACACAUUCUACCUGUGGCUAUUCGUGGUGUGCUACCUAGAAAGGUUCGAGAAAUAAUCACACGAAUGUGUUUGUUUUUCAAGUAUUUAUGUUGUAAGACGAUUGACGUUUCAACGUUAGACAAUUUACAAGUGGAGAUUGCUAUAAUCUUGUGUUACUUAGAGCGAUUCUUCCCACCUUCUUUUUUUGACAUAAUGGUGCAUCUUACAGUCCAUUUGGUUAGAGAGAUUAAACUAUGCGGACCUGUUUAUUUAAGAUGGAUGUAUCCCUUUGAGCGAUACAUGAAGAUUCUUAAGAGUUAUGUUAGAAAUAGAAGUAGACCCGAAGGAUGUAUUGUUGAAUGCUAUAUUGCAGAAGAAGCCAUUGAAUUUUGUUCAGAAUACUUGCAUGGUGUGACAAGCGUGGGCGAUCAAUCUACAUUAAAUAAAAGUAAUGGUGGUUAUGGUGGAAAAGGUGGUGUUAUAUGCUCAAUAACUCAAGAUGAAAGACAUGAAGCACACUGUCUUGUAUUGCAAAAUAUUGAUGAGAUUCAACCUUACAUCGAGAAUCAUUUUGUUUGGCUUCGGAAAAAAUAUCCAUCUAAGUCAAAGAACCAAAAAUGGAUCCAAGAUGAACACUAUCGUACGUUUAGUACUUGGUUAGAGAACAAGGUUGCAAUUGAAGUGACCCACACGUCGUGUCAUGUGUCAGACAUAGUUAAGUGGAUUUCUCGUGGUCCUUCUCUGAAUGUGUUUAAGUACCCAUCAUACAUCGUCAACGGUACUCAAUUCAAUACUUUGGAACGAGAUAAUGUAAGAACCACACAGAAUAGUGGAGUUUGUAUUGUAGCAAAAACUGUGCAAAUCUCUAGUUCAAAGGACAAAAAUCCUGUAGAGUGUGAUAUGACAUUUUAUGGAGUAAUCCAAGAAAUUUGGGAAUUAGAUUAUACUACAACUAGAGUGCCGGUCUUCUUAUGUGAUUGGGUGAAAAGUGACAAGGGAAUAAAGGUUGAUGAUUUAGGUUUUACUUCAGUUGAUUUAAAUCGAAUUGGGCACAAAAAUGAUCGUUUCAUAAUGGCAACACAAGCCAAACUAGUUUUUUAUGUGAAUGAUCCAUCAGACAAGCAAUGGUCAGUCGUGGUUCCUACUCAACCGAUAGAUUGGAGAGACAAAGAGAAUGAUGUACAUGACUUACCACUCCUUCAACAACCUGUCACAAUUCCCGAACCACAGCUUACCGAAUACCCUAUUGAUGAUGGUGUAGAUGACGAUGAUAUUUGUUUGCGUUUUGAUGGUGACGAUGUAUGGGUUGAUCAUAUACUGUGA